GCUCAGUUUUCUAAAAUGGCGCCAAAUUUGAAAAAACACCAAUUUCAAAACAAAAACAAAGUCUCCUGUCAAAAGCAAAAGAAGGGACCGGUAGUGUGUUGAAUCUUUGAGACUGGCUUCGAUACAACCCAUAACAAUCUGAAAAUGAGUGAAAUAAUGCCUGAUGACCAUGUGUAUGUCGUGCCCAGGAAAAUGGUCCUCGGUAUGGGGGAUAUGGCAGCCUGGACCAAAUCAGAGGCUUAUCACGAAUACGUGGGAUUCAUUUAUGCUUUGAAUGAUGCAGUGAAAGGCAAGAGCAACUCCUCUGCUAACCCAGCAAGCCAAAAAGUUGAACAUGUACUGGAACUCAUGGAAACCUUGAACAAAUGGAUUGACGAAAUUCCUCCGGUCGACCAACCCCAGCGUUUUGGAAACAAGGCAUUCAAGACCUGGUUUAAAAAACUGACCGAGGACGCUGAUGUGGAACUGAAGAAAAUGUUGCCUGAAAACAAACACAACACAAUCACCGAGAUUGCCCCUUACUUGAUUCAAGCGUUUGGCAACGACAUCAGGAUUGAUUACGGAACUGGACAUGAAAUGUCCUUUCUCUUUUUCCUCUGCUGUCUCUUCAAAAUUGGGGCCCUUGAUCAGACUGACAAGACUGCAGCUGUUUGCUUGAUAUUCAAAAGGUAUGUGGAAAUUUCAAGAAAGCUCCAAAGGACAUAUCGGAUGGAACCAGCUGGAAGUCAUGGCGUGUGGAGUCUUGAUGACUACCAGUUUGUGCCAUUCAUUUGGGGAAGCUCUCAGCUAAUGGGUCAUCACCGAAUAGAGCCAAGCAUGCUGGCAACUGAAGCUGUGGUUGAAGAUAACUAUAAUGAAUACUUAUUUUUUGGAUGCAUCAAGUUCAUUCUUGAGGUGAAAACCGGCAUGUUUGCUGAACACUCCAACCAGCUGUGGAACAUCAGUGGUGUUGAUUCGUGGAGCAAAGUCAAUGCAGGCCUCAUUAAAAUGUAUAAGGCUGAGGUUUUAGCCAAAUUCCCAGUCAUUCAGCAUGUCCUCUUUGGAUCUUUGAUGACAUUGAAGGAAAGUAAAUUCAAAAUGGGCCCUGGAGGACCACCUCGAAUGGCGCCGCCAAGACUCCAACGACCAUCAUGAGCUUGAGUUAAAUGUUCACUGCUUUGGCUGUCACCUGCCUCCAGUAAGUCUGUUAUGCUUAAAUUAAAAAUCUGUUCGCAUUUUUCCUGCAAGUGGUCACUGUCAAAAAUAAAUCUGAUUAUC